AUGACCAUUCACAAAGCACAAGGACAGACGAUGGAGCGCGCAAUUAUAGAUUUCGAAGGGUGUACUGGAACUGAAGCGCCAUAUGUCAUGCUAUCUCGUGUGACUUCGUUAGAAGGAUUAUUGGUGUUGCGACCUUUUAAUAAGAAGAAGAUAUGUUGUCGGCAGAGUGAAGAUACGCGUAUGGAAGAAAAGAGACAGGGUGUGCUUGCACAACAAACU